UUCUCUGGGAGACACAUCAACACCACGUAGCACUCCAGAAAAGCCCUCAAUAUCAGGCACUCAGGGACGCACUUUCGGUUGUAGUCGAGGGGCAGCGUCAAAUGGUCCACGUUCUAGUUCAACAUGACUGUUCGAAAGUGUUUACAGCACCACACGUCGGCAUCGCAAUCAACACGGUAAAGGAUGUGAAUAACAUAGCAUUGCUAAAGCACCAUUUGGACAAACUUGUGUCCCAGAGCUUCAACGAGGUGGUGGCUCACACCUGUGGACCGGUGCUCGAGGACGAAAAGAAGAUCGUGUUGUUUUCUGCUUGGAAGUCACACGAGCAUCGUGAGAGCUUGAAACAGGACAAGCAUCCUGAACUAGAGAAGUUGAUCGGGGAUAUAAACCUUCUGGCAAACAUACACGUCAGACACGUGAGGUUCAAGAAGCAUUCAGCAUAGGAGUCAACUUUAUAUCUACAGCGAAUCUUCUGUAGAGUACAUUGAUAUCAUGUCGCGGACCGCACGGGC